CUCCUCCUCUUCCUCCUCCUCCUCGCUCUGCGCAUGCGCAGCACACCUCAGCAGGGCCGGGCAGGUACCGGACUGUCGGACCCUCUGGGUUCGGAUCAGACUCCAGCAGGAGGCGCGAGGAGGAAUCCACUGGUCCCAGACCGGAACCAUCAGAGUCCCUGAUCCGAGGAGGAUCCGCGCGUCACCUGGACCUGAACCUGGACCUGGACCCGGAUCCGGAACAAGUUUUAGUCCCGCAGCGGUGAGGAGAUCCAGGACCCGCAGGAGGCUUUAGGCACGCGGCUGCGCUCAGGUGGACUCCCGGGGACAGGUAUGGGGGGACUGGGGUUCUGAAGCUCCCCGAGUCCCGAAGAACUGGACCGACUGGACCCGAAUCAGUGAGAAGUUUGCCCCUGUCCCUGCCGGUCUCAGGUCCUGGUCCUGGUCCUGAACAUGUUCCAGAACAGCAACAAGAAAUGUUUCACCAUCGAGGCUCUGGUCGGGAAGGACGGGUCCGGCAGCGGUUCUGGUUCCGGAGAUGAGCCCAUCCGGCCCACGGCGCUCCGCUUCCCGGACUCCCUGCACCCGGUCUCCGCGGGGCUCUUCGGCUCCUGCUUCCAGGGGAGCAGCACCAGGACUUUGUUCUGUUCGGGUCCGGACGUGGUUCUGCAGGAGCCCGGGACACACGCGCAGGGUCCGGGUCCAGGUCCGGGCCCGGGCGGGCUCCCGCUGCACCCGCUGCAGAUCCCGGCCCAGAGCUUCUUCAGUCCGCAGCACCGGGACCCGCUGAGCUUCUACCCCUGGGUCCUCCGGAACCGGUUCCUGGGUCACCGCUUCCAAGGUGAAGGUGUGGUUCCAGAACCGCAGGACGAAGCACAAACGACAGAAGCUGGAGGAAGAGUCUCCUGAAGCUCAGCAGAAGAGGAAGGGCAGUCAGCAUGUGAGCCGCUGGAGGGCCGCCACCCAGCAGCCAGGAGGAGGAGCAGGAGGAGGAGGGGGGGAGGACGUGGACGUCAUCAGUGAUGACUAGACUGACCCAGGACAAACUACUUCCUGUUACUGUUUUAACAAAGAGGAAGAAAGGACUGCGUUUCAAAAUAAAAGAGGAAACUUCCUGUCAGGUUGUGAUGAGGCAGAAUCCAAACAUACGCUGACUGAAAACUGAUCCUGGUCCCAACCAGUCCUGAAAAACUGAUCCUGGUCCCAACCAGUCCUGAAAAACUGAUCCUGGUCCCAACCAGUCCUGAAAAACUGAUCCUGGUCCCAUCCAGUCCUGAGAAACUGAUCCUGGUCCCAUCCAGUCCUGAAAAACUGAUCCUGGUCCCAACCAGUCCUGAAAAACUGAUCCUGGUCCCAACCAGUCCUGAAAAACUCAAGACCCUGAUGAA